UCUCCGCAGAGACCGAACCUUACUCCAGGCUUAGUUUAAACAGUGUUGAAACGGUUUGAAAUGGUUCCAUGUUUCCGUGAUAUAUCCUGGGUAUACGUGAACUAUUUACCCAGGGUUUAGAAUGAUGGGUUCCCUGCUGGGAAACUCCAGACUCUUUGGAAUAAAAUUAAAGCAUGAUGUGAGGAGGGUCUCCCGGGAUCUCCAGGGUGCCAAACUGACCAAUUACGGAGAAUUAUACAGCACUAUGUCUCAGGUCUAAUGAGAUCUCGGAGCAAAUUCAACCCGAACCUUGUUUUCUAGGAUUAAACAGAGAAAUUAAAUGUGAUUGAACCAAGUUUAAUUCUCUCUCUCGUGAAGUUGAACAAUGGACAAAUGUUGCAACCAAGCUAACUUUAGUCAACCCUUGUAGCGUUAGAGGGCAAAUAUGAUUGAAACCAUGUCUGAACCCGUAGAGUCAGAUCGUAUCUCCGAUGUUGAGGAGAAGAGUAGGACGAACUCAAGUUUAGGGUUCUCUGAGGAUAGGAACCGAAGUGAUGGGACGAACUCCGGUAUAAGGUUUCAUCCAACCAGUUCCAGGACGAACUCAAAGUUAGAGUUUAUUCCCAGGACGGAGUCUAAGUUAGGGUUAACUCCCAGGACGUUUACUCCUAAGAUGAACUCCGAUAUAGUAUUUACUCACAGGACUAACUCUGAGUUGGGGUUUACUCUAAAGUCGAACUCUGAGUUAGAGUUUGAUCCCCGAACGAACUCUGGGUCCCCAACUGAACUGAACUCUGUGUUUACUGGGACUAAUUCCUCAGCUGUAUUUAAGCUUAAGUUUGUGGGAUCCUUCUGUGUUGAUGUCGCAGAUCUGCAAAGAAGAUCUGAUGCGGUUAGAUCUCAUCUUAAUAUUCUCAAGGCCGGAUAUCUGCAGGGGAAGGACGUACAACUCUCAGUUUCUCUCUCCGGGAUACAGGUUUCCCUACUGACAGGAGCUCCGCUCAUGAACCAUAUCCUGAAACGGAUCAGUUACGCGACCUGUGAUCCGUCCUGCUGUUUGUUCUCUUUCCUUGCCAGAGAACAGGGUUCUCCUGCGCAUCUUCAACACUGUCACACCUUCAGGACUCCGGCCUCUUCCGUAGCAGAGGAUUUAAAUUCCGUGGUUGGAACUGCUUUCAGGGUUGCUUACGCUACUAAACUCCAGGAUCGGCAUAAUCAGUUAUCAUCGGAAAGACUUACUUCCCACUCUAAAGGAACCCAACCUAGCAGAUCUUUUCACCCAAAAAUAUCAAAUUUCAAGAAGAAGGAGACAAGUGUAGAUAUGGUAGGAGAGAGAGACAUCAGAAUCAGAUCUAUCACGCAACCUAGAGAAUCUGAAGAACCAGGACCACCCAGAGCUAAUCAUGAAACUGUAGAAACUGAACACUGUAGUUCAGAGAGUAGUGGAGACUCCGGGUCCUACCAGGAGCUGAGCACUGAGAGCAGGUACUACAGUGAGGUUGGGACGGAUAGUAGCGGGGUCUCAAGUGGAUCCGGAUCCCCUUGCCCGGAGACUAGAUCCGGGAUCCAAGAUUCAAGUUCUCCGAGUCCCCGGCUACACUCACACUUUCCCAGAUCAAACUCUCCGAGUUCGGGUUCAAGUUCUAAUCCGUCCGAACCAAGGAACUCGGAAACUUUUCGCUUUACCUCUGGGUCCUGUCCGGAGAAACGCUACUCAAAACGAGAGUUUAGUUCUAGAACUUUAAAAGCUUCAGACGGAUCUGACUCUGGUUGGUUCCGAGCCAACGUUCCGAGGGAGGUUGCAAUGCUUGUGCUGAACAAGGAACCUGUUGGUUCAUUCAUGGUUCGUGAAAGUGAAAGUGUUCCAGGAAGUUUGGCACUCUCUCUAAGAGUUCCGGAGGUGUUCCAAUCUGAUGGGAUCGCUCAUUACAUAAUCCUCAAAACCGGGGAAGGUUUUAAAAUCAAGGGAUUCCUUAAGACACAUCCAACCCUGAGCGCGCUGAUAACACAUCACAGUGUGAUGCAAGAGCUCCUUCCUGUUCCUCUAAACCUUCAGAGAUAUAAUCCCUUCUAUCCAUCCCAGCACCCGGAGUACCAACCCUUGAAGGAUAUAGUCCGACUACUAGCAGAACCUAGAGGAAUAAUUCAUGUAGAUCCGUCCUAAGUACUGAGAAGGAUUUACGAGAAACGGAUGUAAAGUGAAUAAAGACUUCCGGUAGAAAAUGGCCGAGUCAGUUUGCAUUUUUCAAGGACUUUAUGUCAUUAUUCCUGCUUCUUAGCUUUUCAGUAGUACGGUGAAACCCAAAAAACUGUGGAGUAGAAAGACUCAAAAUAAUGAUUUUAUAUUGUAAAAUACAGCAAUUGUGCAGUGUGCACAGACCCAUUAAAAAAACUGUAGGACUGUUUACUUUCUCUAACAAAAUCAAAUACAUUAAAACUUGCUUAA